GCGCUCAUUGCGUGCGCUGUUUUCGCAACGGCAACGGAAAAUUAGCCACCCGGUUGCGGUGCAAGCGAGAUAGCGAGUGUACGGCAACGGAAUACGGAUUUUCAGAGUGCGGGAAAGUACGAAAAGUACGGAAUACACGAGAACCGGAGGCAGGAGCACAAAGAACGGAGAACGGCGAACGGCAAACGGAGUGGGGAUACGUAGCCAGGAUGCGACACGCAUUUGUUGGAUUAAUUGUGUGCUGGCUGGCAGUUUGUCAACCGCAAGCUGAGGCGCAGUUUGGCGGCUUUGGAUUCCAGCCACAGUUCGCCUACCAGCAGCCGCAGUUCCAACAGGUAUACCGCCAACCGCAGUUGCAACCGCAGGUGUAUCGCCAACCACAGGCUUACCAACAACAACCUUUGGUUUAUUACCAACAGCCCCAGCAGCCACAGCAGUUCCGCCAGCGACAGGGAUCCGUUUCCAAGGCGAACACGAAUGCCUACGAGCGCCAGGUGGACUUUGGCAACAACCUUGAGUACACCCAGGGUGUGUCCAAUUCACGAGCGGUUACCAAACAGAAUGGCCAGCGUGUGGUGACCAAGAGCCAGGCGCAGACGAGGGAUGUCGAUCUGGGUGGUCUGCAGUUGGGCAACACACUAACCAGGACCAGGACGAAUGCCAAUGGUCAGGUGUCGCAGGGCAUUGCCGAUCAGUUCCGCAUCGGAAACGUGGGACUCGGAGCCUCGCUGUCGCCACAGAAUCUUCAGAAUGGCUUCGGACUGCAGCGUGGCGCCGAUGGAGACCUUCGCCUGGGCUUGGGUCUGCUCAACUUGGAUCUUGACCGCAAUGUGGCCAAUUCGAACACCCUGUCGCAGGCGCAGGUAAAUGCCAACGGCAAGGGUGCCCGGGCUGGAUCGAACAGCAACUCGCAGUCGAACACCCAGCACUUUGGCGGCGUCACCGUCACCGAUACGCGCGCCAACUCGAAUGCCUUUGGCAAGGCGCAAAGGGGACAGACCUCGGCCACCACCGGCGGCUUCGGCGGCAAUGCGGCCACCAAUGGCCAGAGUUUCGGUGGUCCCUUCCAGCGAGUUGUGCGCCAGAAUAGGCGGCCCAAGCGAAAGGCUCAGUUCGUCCCCUUCGGGUAUCCUCGAAUUGGUUUCGGCCCCGUCUUGAGUCCCUUGGAAAGACCGAGGAGGCAGUUCGGCAGGCCGGGUUUCGGUGGACCAGGAUUUGGAGGAGGUGAGUUUGAAUUCGGUGGAGGACCUGGGUUUGGAGGACCUGGCUUUGGAGGUCCUGGUUUUGGAGGACCUGGCUUCGAGCAGGAGUUCUACGAGCCCGAACGUCAGCAACACAAGAAGAAGGGUAACAAGAACCAGGCGCAUGGCAAUGCGAAUGCCCAAGGUGGACCUGGAUUCAACCAGCAGGCCUCGAGCAAUAACCACGCCAGUCCCGGCAACACGGGCAGCAGUUCCAUCAGCUCCAAUUUGGCCCAGGACGGCAGCAGUGGCCAGGUGAGCUCGGCCAAUACAAACACCCAUCAGGGCCAAACGGCGAACGGUGGCUACCAGAGUGACCAGAACUCGCAGAGCCAGGCGCUCAACUUCCGGCCGGGCGAGCAGCAGGCCUCCAGCGCGAAUGCGAACACUCAGCACACCCAGCAGGGCAAUCGCGACACCUAUGACUCGAACAGUGGAUCCACCUCCACGAACAACAACAAGUUUGGCUCCGCGACGAACACGGCCAACACGAACUCGCAGGUGGUCAGGGAUGGCAAUCGCCAGGAUGCGACCAGCGAUGCGAACAGUCAGAGCAUCUUCCAGGGCAACAAUGGCCAGGGAGACGCCUCCGCUCAGACGAAUGCGCAGACGAGCAGCCAGCAGGGGCCCGGAGGAUUUAUCAGCAACUCGGCCUCCAGCAGUGCCACCGCCACCGCUGGGAAUGGACAGUCGGCCAAUGCGAAUUCGAACGCGAAUGCGGGCGGAGGUGUAGGUGGUGCGGGCGCAGGAGCCAAUGCUGGCGGAUUUGGAGGCGGUGCUGAUGCCAAUUCCGGUGCCAAUGGCGGUGGCGGCAGUGCUGGAGCGAAUGCCGGUGCCAAUGGUGGCUUCGGUGGAUUCGGUGGAUUCGGUGGCUUCGGCGGCGGCGGUGGCGGCGGUGCCAAUGCGAACAGCAAUGCCUUUGGUGGCUACGAUGGAUUCGGAUUCUUCGGACGUUAGUUUUAGACUUUAAUUUUCUAAAGACUCACCCAACUUUUUUUUGUCACCCCACGAAAAGCACAAGAAUAAAAAUGCAUUUUGUUAAUUUAAAUCCCACAAUUGAGCACUGCAAAUCGCGUAGCGACUGUCUAGCACACUCCAAAUAACGAUCGUUAUCACUUUCACAUAUUACAUAUGUACUUGUUUCAUCAUCGUUCGGCAUGUUUUUUUUAAAAAAAAAAGCACAUUGAUAUUGGCACAAAUGGGUGGUCCAACUGACGAGCACCUCUAAUAUUUGCCAGUGUCUAUUGAAAUCUCUGCAGUUCGCCAACGUGCCCAGCAAAAGAUUCGCUUGCAGCGCUGGCAGCCACGCACCCAGAACGGAACAUCAUCCAGGGGCACCUCGACUAACGAAAACUUUGAGUAUGUGUACUUCAAUCGCACAUCGUCGUCGUCCCGCCUCGAAGAUCUGCAGCCUGACAAUGACGAUAGCUCUGGCCGGGAUUUGGAAGUGGCUGGGACACCGCUGAAUACUUCGGUGGAUGAGUUCGGACCGUACGAUAGUACGCAGCGUCAGGGACGCACCUUCAGCGUGAUCUAUGACUGGAUCAGCGGAUUUUUCAACUCCUGCGUCUCACCCUGCACCUUGGAGGCCUUCCAGAAGCAGACCUGCUGUGAAACCUACGUGGUUGAUCCCUCGUAUCCACCACCACCGCCACCGCCUCCGCCACCACCACCUCCACAGACUUGCUGUGCACCGGUGAGACCACCCUACGCCCCACCAGUUAGACCACUGCCACCACCACCACCGCCGCCGCCACCCGUGCCCUACCCCUAUACACCGAUCUAUCCCAAUAAGAAGACGCCCGUGGUGGUGGUGGCCACGCCCAUCAACUGCUGCACAGUCUGCACCUUCACGUACUACGGACCACCGCCCUGUGGGCGGCUCUACAACAACAGCAGCAGCGGAAGCGAUGGCAAGAAGGUCACCAUCUAUGUGCCACCACCCUAUUAUGGGCGGUAAAACAAGUAGACCCAACCAACCAUAGUUACCUGCUCAUCGCACG